GGAGCGCCGGCCACACCUGCGCAGUGACUUAGGUCCGUGCGGCUCGGGUGGCUCACAGCGUCAUCAGGCCGCACCCGGGUGCAGGGAAGGACCCUUUCUGCUAUUUUCAGGACCGAGUGGCACGACUGCAUCACUGCCGGAUGGCAAUCCAGGAUCUCGGCCUCGACAGACUCAUCAGGCGAAAGAACGUGGAAAUCACGGGGACCCAGAGACUCGGCCGGCCCCACCCGGCUUCCCUGCGGGGGGCGGCGCUGUGACGAGCCACUGACAGGCGCAACGAAAGGCAGCCUUUCUGCUGCUUGGAGCAAAGCAGAGGCGGGGGCUGCCCACGUGGGGAGGGGCGCGCCGAGGGCGGUGCUCGAGGCUGCGGGACCCCCAGCUGAAGCGCGCGGAGGCGGGGGCUCGGGGUGGAACAAGAGUGUCAGGAUGUCGGAGAAGGCUGUCUACCGGGAAGAAGCGGGCUAAAGCGUGGGCACCACCACCUGCCUCAGGAAUGUGGGAGAGACGGGGACAAGGAUGGUGUCAGAUCAAGGGUUCCGCGCCCUGAGUUUACGGAGCUAGUUGCUGUCGGUCUUGGGUCUCACACAGGUGGGAUGGCUCUAAGGGGAGUCACAAACCCAGGAGUCGAAUCUUUGCGGGGGGGGGGGGGGGGUGUUGACGUUUCUCUAGUGAGAGCUCCAUCAGGUUAGAGUUCAAGGAGAUGGUAUCUCACGGGGUCAAAGGCUGGCAAGGUCAUAGGAUUAGUGGGCUCUCAGGCUGGUGACAGAUGAGCCGCGUCUUUUGAUUUCCUGUUCUGUCAUGCGUGCUCCUCUCUUGACCAGAGGGGUCCUAGUCACCAUGGAGGACCCGCUUCCCGAAGAGACCAUGGAGCAGCUGGAUUCGGCAAAAGAGGAGUCCCCGCAGUGCAGAAGGCGACAUCCAUGCAAUUAUGCACUGAAUGUUCAUUGUUGGCAUGAUGCUGGGGCGUGGGAGAAGUCCUGGAGACUCUUGCUGGCCUCCCCCGCCCUCUCCCCACGUCCCUCAGGCCAUCUGGGGGCCCUGCAGUGCACCCGCUGCCUCAUCAUCACCUUUGCCAAUUCCAAGUUCCAGCAGCGCCACAUGAAGCGGGAGCACCCAGCCGACUUCGUGGCCCAGAAGCUGCAGGGGGCGCUCUUCAUCUGCUUCACCUGGGCCCGCUCCUUCCUCUCCUCCAAGGCCCUGAUCGCCCACCAGCGCAGCCACAGUCCUGCUACCAGACCCUCCCUGACGGUUGCACCCACCACUGCCCAGACCACCUUCCCCUGCCCUGAUUGUGGCAAGACCCUUGGGCAGGCCGCUUCUCUGAGGUGGCACCGCCAGGUGCAUGAAGCUCGCUUCCCUCCUGGCCCCUUUGCCUGCACUGAAUGUGGGCAGGACUUUGCCCAGGAAGCUGGGCUGCAUCAACACUACAUCUGGCAUGCCCGUGGGGACCUUUGGGUGCAGCUUCAGCCCUCCCCAGGGCAAAGGGGGCUCUGUGGCUGGUGGGACCUACCUUUAAUAAUGGAAUGGGCCCUUGGAGGAAUUUGCUGGAAAGGCUCCUGAUAAAUAGAACCCAGAAUAUGCUCUUUAGAGCUUCAGUCCUUGGAGGACAGAAAGGCCUUCGGUGAAAUCAGACAAUCGUGAGAUCUUUUGUUAAAAAAUAUAUGUAAGAGGGAAAAUUAUUUUUAUCUCCCUCAUUCCCACUUAAGUAGUUUGAAAUCACAAGCAGCUGUAGGUUGUGUAAUCACCUUUAAUUCUUCCCAGAUGGAUGCCAUGGGCUGUAGGAGCAAA